AGACCUAUGCAGAUCGAGGCGGCGAUUAGCCCUAACGAACGCGCGGCGAUUCUGGGCUACGUGCUCACGACCUCCGGCGGGAGUCUCGAGACGACGAGUUUCGUGAAGUUCCUGCACUGGUGGGCGCUGCGUCAUCACACUUCUCAGGGGCUGCAGGAUUAUCAGGAGGAGUAUCAGUUUGUUCCUGGAGGAGGCGCUGGAGACGGGGAAUCUGUCGUAUGCUUGAGCUGUCCGGUGCAGCGGGUUGUUGGUGCGGGGAUGGGACUAAUCCGACGAACCACAUCCUCCUAUACCGCCGCCCGCGUCGUCUGCACAAUCCCCCUCAACGUCCCGCAAGACGUCUCGUUCAUCCCACCGCUCGAUGAAACGCGCGCGGCGGCUAUUCAAACUGGCCACGUCAACGGGUGCACGAAACUCUAUGCCGAAGUGAACAACAAAGAGCUACGCUCCUGGGACGGGAUCAACUAUCCCUACAACAACCUGAUCUAUGCGAAUGCCGUCGGCGCCACCCCUGCCGGCUACCCGACGCUGGUAUGUUUCGGGCCCGCGGAGAACGGCCUCCAGCCCGAAGAGGAUGUCGAGGAGACGCUGCAGCAGGUGCGCAAUCCCAACCCCGAGGUCAUCAAUGUGCGGCGCCUCGUGUUCCAUAACUGGGUGAAGGAUCCGUAUACUCGCGGGGCAUGGUUCUAUCCACCACCGGGGUUGUUGGAUGAGGCGCUGGGGAAAUUGCGCCAGAGACAUGGGAAUGUGGUCUUUGCUAGUGCGGAUUGGCCGAGGGGGUGGAGGGGGUUUAUUGAUGGAGCGAUUGAGGAUGGGACGAGGGCAGCGAUGGUCUGUUCGAAGGAGUUG